UAAUGAAUAAACGUGUAGAGUAUUUAUUUUUUAUACUUUCGGUUAUUUUACAUGUAAAAUGUGAUCAAAAUACAAAAUUGGACCCUGUGAGAGAUCAGCUGGAAUUGUAUAGACAAAAUGUUAAGGGUAAACAAAAUUUUACAACGUUAUUCAAUGGUUCUCCGGUAGAUGCCCGUGAUAAAAUAACCUUAAAUAAUGAUAAUUUGUUUGAUAACCGUUUUUUUGUGGAAGCAAUAACCCACAUAAAUCGGCAAAAUAUUCCAGAGCGAAUAGUUCAUGGUAGAGGAGCUGGUGCUUUUGGAUAUUUUGAAGUUACAAACAGCAUCGCAAAUGUUUGCAGGGCUGAUUUUUUGGAUACAGUUGGAAAAAAAACUCCAGUUGCAGUACGAUUCUCUUUAACCACAUACGGAGGGGAAGGAAGUGAUACAGCGGCGCGAGUGCCACGUGGAUUUGCAAUAAAAUUUUAUACAGAAACAGGAAAUUUUGAUAUACCUGGCUUAAAUACGCCAAUUUUUGUACUUAAUGAUCCCAUUAAGUUCAUUCCUUUUAGACGGACACAGUUUAGAAAUCCAGCAACAAACAUCCGCGAUUCUAAUAUGGUGUGGGACUAUAUCACGACUAACCCUGAGAGUAUAAGUGUAUUUUUAAUAAUACUGGGUGAUUCUGGAAUUCCUAAAGGAUACAGGCACAUGGAAGGCUUUGGAAUUCAUACAUAUCAAGUUCACAAUAAGAAAGGAGAAGUAUUUUUUCUAAAAUGGAUUCUUACUCCUGACGCUGGUGUUGCUAGUUUAACAGACGAAGAAGCAAAUAAACUGAACGCUGCCGAUCCUGACUCUUUCACUAGAGAUUUGUAUGAAGCUAUUGGUUGUGGAAAAAAAGUAAGCUGGACUGUUUCUGUUCAGAUAUUAACCAAAGAAGAUGUCAAGAAAGCAAAAAUAGAUGUAUUUGAUAUAACAGUAAGACUUCCAACAAAAUUAUAUCCUUUAGUUCCCGUUGGAAAAUUAGUUUUGAAUAAAAACCCACUAAAUUACUUCUCUGAAAUUGAACAACUUGCAUUUUGUCCAGGAAAUUUAGUUAGAGGUAUAGACGGAGGUGUUGAUAAAGUAUUUCAAGCACGUAAAUUUUCAUAUCGUGAUGCUCAGAUGUAUCGAUUAGGAGUUAAUUUCAAUAAUAUUAAUGUGAAUGCACCAGACUUUGAUCAUAGUACAUAUUUUAGGGAUGGUCGAGCACCAACUUUAAAUACAGGAAAUGACUCUCCAAACUACUUCGAAAAUUCAUUUAAUGGAACAAUUUGGGACUAUGAACCGAAAAGACCAAAGUUAUAUAAAGUUAAAGAUAAAAAACCAAACAAUACAGCGCAAGCAACCGAAAUAUAUAAUGAAAUGUCAAAGGCAGAACAAGGUCGAUUAGUUACUAAUAUUGUCCACAGCUUAAGCCUUGCAGAAACUUUUAUCCAGAAUAAAGCCGUUAAGUUGUUUACGGAAGUUGACCCAGAUCUUGGCAAAUCAGUUUCUAAUGAGUUGAAUAAGAUAGAAAAAAAGUCAAGUUGUGAUGGAUUGUUUUCAGAUUCUAAGUAAAAUGAUUUUUGUACAAGAGAAAAGUCAAACCACAAAAUUCUAAAAAAAAAUAAUAAUAUUGUUAAAGAAUAUUUAAAUUUGUUUACUUAUAGGAAUAUCGUGAAUGUUAUUUCGAUUUUCACUUGAAGAAUUAUUUUUCUAAUAAACCCCAUUUGUGCUAAUGA